AUUGUUGCGCCUGCGUGGACCAUGAUUGGCUCAGUGAUCCUCCCUUCCCGCUCUUCUUGACUUUGAAUGUAAACAAAUCGAAGAGCUGAGGUGAGACGCACACCGAGAUGCCUUGUGAAAUAAUAACGCUACAGCUCGGCCAGUGUGGUAAUCAGAUUGGGUUUGAGUUCUGGAAGAAACUCUGUAGUGAACAUGGAAUAUCACCAGAAGGAACAUUGGAAGAUUAUGCCACAGAAGGCACUGAUCGUAAAGAUGUGUUCUUUUAUCAAGCAGAUGAUGAACAUUAUAUCCCUCGAUCAGUGCUUCUGGAUCUGGAACCUCGGGUCAUUCACACAAUUAUGAAUUCUCCUUAUGCCAAGCUAUAUAAUCCGGAAAAUAUUUACAUGUCAAAACAAGGAGGCGGUGGUGGUGCUGGAAAUAACUGGGCCUCUGGAUACAGUCAGGGUGAACGUAUAUAUGAUGAAGUUUUUGACAUCAUUGACCGUGAGGCUGACGGUUCUGAUAGCCUGGAGGGAUUUGUUCUCUGCCACAGUAUUGCUGGAGGUACAGGAUCUGGUUUAGGCUCCUACAUUCUUGAGAGACUGAAUGAUCGCUUCCCCAAGAAAUUGGUGCAGACAUAUUCAGUCUUCCCAAACCAAGAUGAAAUCAGUGAUGUGGUGGUGCAGCCAUACAACUCCCUGCUGACUCUCAGACGCCUUACACAGAGUGCAGACUGUGUAGUUGUGCUUGAUAACACAGCAUUGAACCGCAUUGCUACAGACCGUCUACAUCUUUCUAAUCCUUCAUUUUCUCAGAUUAACUCGCUUGUCUCCAAUAUAAUGUCUGUCUCCACAGCAACAUUAAGGUAUCCAUCAUACAUGAAUAAUGACCUUAUAGGCCUCAUUGCACCACUCAUCCCAACCCCAAGACUGCACUUCUUGAUGACAGGCUACACACCCCUCACUACAGAUCAAGAGGUAGCAUCUGUGAGGAAGACAACAGUGUUGGAUGUGAUGCGUCGACUUCUCCAGCCAAAGAACAUGAUGGUGUCAGCUCCUUUAGACCGCAAUACACAGCACUGUUACAUCUCCAUUCUUAAUAUAAUCCAGGGUGAAGUAGAUCCAACUCAAGUACAUAAAUCCCUACAACGGAUCAGAGAACGAAAGAUGGCGCAGUUCAUUCCCUGGGGACCUGCCUCCAUCCAGGUAGCUCUGUCUAAGAAGUCUCCAUAUAUCCAGUCUGCACACAGAGUGUCUGGUCUGAUGCUUGCUAACCAUACCAACAUUUCUGCACUAUUUGAAAGAACCCUAAAGCAGUAUGACAAGCUUCGGAAGAGAGAAGCUUUCUUGGAGCAGUUCCGCAAGGAAAAUAUGUUUGCAGAAAACUUAGAUGAAUUAGAUGACUCUCGUGAAGUUGUACAGCACCUGGUGGAAGAGUAUGUGGCAGCCACAACCCCAGAUUAUCUCUCAUGGGGUCUCAAUCAAGCAUCUACAGAGUCACAGAGUUAGAUAUUAAAUUUGGGAGUUGAAAUUAAUAUACAGUAUAUUACAGAAUAGCCCCCCCCCCUCUUUUUCUUUUUAUAAAGCAAUGCAAAACUGCUAGAAGCAGAAAGCAGACCAUCUUGCCAUAGGAUAAAAUACAAAAGUAACAUUAGCUUACAAGCUUUUAAGAUUCAUAAGGAAGUGUUUUGCUUUAUAAGAUUAGCCAGAAUUAAAACUAAUUAAAUUUAACCAGGUAGAAGAAUGUUUUAUAAGCCAGCCAAAAAUAAAAUAAAAGGGGUGUUGGAGUAUUAGAAAUUUUACUCCUACCUUGUUUAGUGCCCAGGCAAAGUGAGUGAUAAACAAAUUGCACUUAACGGGGUCAUAUUACCAAUGUACAUGGUUGCCUCUAGUAAAUGCUGACAAUUGUGUUCGUGAAGAAUCUUGCAUUAGUGAAAUUGGCAUUGGAGAGCCAUUGUUUCAAUUGAAAGAUAGUUUCAUAUCAACCCCCUCCAAUACACCCCCCUAUUGCCCAUAUAUGUACAGUAGCUAAAAAAAGUAUCUGCGCAUACUCUGCAUGAAACAAUAUGAGACCACGGAUGAUAGGUAUUGGGAUAUGCGUGUUGUCUUCUUAUACUAUGUGAUAGUAAUCACUUAACCGUUUAUUUUAUUCUAAUAUGCCAACUCACCCCGUGUUGGGUACUAAAUGGUGGUGGGUUGAAGACACGCAUGCCAACCCUCCUGAGGCAUCACAAGUUGUACGUACUGUUUACUGUACUGUAAUUUAUAAAGUCAUCAGACCCACCCUGUUAGAAGUUUUUUUUUCUUAGCUACUAUACAUACAAAAAGUACAACUUAUUACAUUUGGAACAAGUUCAUGUACAGUACAGUAUUGUACAAUACAGAAGUCCUUUGUCCAAUGAGUCUGUACAACACAAACCUGACUAUAUGCAAAAAAAAAUUGUGACAGCAUUUUGGUGGCCCUUAGUAGGGAUUUGUAGGGCCCUCAUCAUGCCUGAGCAAGGGGAAUCCUAAUUAUGUACAGUAUUGUAAUUAAUUAACACUCAGGUGAUCUUGAGCAGUUGGUGAUAUUAGUUAUGAUUUGAAGAACUUCAAUUUGAAGAAGGUUCUCUCUGUAACAAUGAUGGUUAAAAAGACCAUUUCUAAUGCUUGAAAAUACACCUCAAGAGUUUUUCCUAACCAAAAUUUAUUAAGCAAACCACAAACAAUCUCAAAUGGGCCUCAGUUUUGCACCAGGGAGAUAAAGGUUUUGUGUUUGUGUUUUGGCCUCAUUCCAGUUUAAUGCUUGCUCAGCACCUUUGCUUUCUGCUUCUUCAUAUGCUGUGUACAGGUUCCAGGGUUGGAUAGGAUAAGACACUAACUAUGAGCAGUGUACUUUGUGUCUGUUAGGCUGUGUAAACUUGGUAUACUGUACAUUUUAGGCAUAUCACCAUGAGACCUAAUUAGCAAGAGAAAAACAUUGGAUCAAACUUAGUAGGAAGUUACAUUGGUAUUCAUUGUCUUGUAUACAGUACUUGGCUACAUCACUAGGUGUAUUGUGGAUGUAAAACUCUUACCACAUUCCCUGUCCAUAUGAUCUCUCCAUAAAAAAAACUCCUUUCACAACUUUACUUGGCUGAUGAAGUGUGAUAAUUAACACACCAACUAACAGUUGUGAGAUCAAGUGAAGUGAAUAAUUACCGUUUAUUCUCAAAAGUAUAAAUUGUGUCAUAAAAAUCUGUUAAGUUAUCCCUUGCUGGUGUUUUGAAAUUCAACAUGUUUAGUAAAGUUAACAUGUCUGCACCAAAGGAAAGUGCAGUGUUUGUUGUGAGUUAGAACUGGAAAGAUUCUAUCGUACUCAUAAUAAAACUCACGGCUUUAUCAUUUGUAAGUUUACUAUGGGUGUCCCCACCUAAACUGUUUACCUUCCCAAACUGUUUGGUAAGGACUUAGAUGUAUGUCGGUUAUUGAGUCAGGAGCCAAUGAGCAGUGUAAAUAAUAACUGUUGUAAAGGUGUGUAAAGGUCUGUACUGGGCAGUGAUGCAAUGAAGAACUCCAAUUACACCAAAAAAACCCUCAGAUGCUUAGGACAUCACAAACUAAAAGGUGGUGGUUCUGUUUUCAAUAUUAAACCUAAUCCACAGUUGGGACAAUGUCCAUCAGAAUGCUGAUAACUAUUUAAAAAUGAAUGAAUAUGAUUAAUCUGAGGUGUAUAACUAAGCAGUAAACAAAUUAAAAUAUUUUUUUGUUGAGAAUUUACUCAUGUCCGAUCAAGUUCAGAAUUCCCAGCACAUUCCCACUGCCAAAAUCAAGAUUUCACUGUUUAUAGGGUUGCACUGUCAUCUGGCUAUCCUUGAUAGCUACAAUCAGCAGCAAAGUGGCUGGGAAUUAAUACCAGUACCAUUAACCUUUUACUGCCUAAAUUCUUAAAAUGCAUGAAAACAAAUUUUGCACCUUUUUUUGGCAGAAGUCCAAACGUCUUGAAAGUGCUUAUGGUGCUUUUUGGUGAUUUUCAUUUCCAUAUACAGUACAGUACAGUACAGGUAUAUUUUAAGAAGUAAUUACUAUAGAGGAUCAGUUUGUCCACUUGGGCAUGGGAAGGAUUGGCUGCACCAUGUUUUUUACCACAAGUUUAGCACAAAUAAGGAAAGUUUAACUAGACUUUCCUUAAUUUGUAACCAGCUUUAAUUAAUAUUUCUAUUUUUUUGUAAAAACUGUACAUUAAACUCUUGUCAUUAAUACUGUACAGGUAUUCCCCACGUUACGGAAACUCAGAUUGUGGAAAAUCGCCCAUGCGAGAUUUUUAAUUUAUGACCACUAAAUUCGGGAUAUGGCCUGCAAAGUCAACCUUACGGAAAUGGGGCAAAUUUUCAAAAGUUUCUAGAAAAAAAUGAUGUUAUAGAAGAAAUAAAUAAAUAUUAAAAUUUAUUUGGUGUGGAUUUCUUGGUGUUUGCUACCACCAAGCUUGGGUAUGCAGUUUGUGUGUGUGUAUGUUCACUGGAUUUCUGGACCCCAGCUCUUGGGUUUAACACUUGUAUACAUAUCUUAUUCAAGACUGUCCUGUGUAUUCCCCUUCUUCAAGAUGAGUGGAAAGAGGCCAUCAAGCGCAAGUGAAAGCAGUGGUGCUAAAAGAGCCUGUAAAGGAAUUAUGUUGGAUAUAAAACUUGAUGUUUAAUGGAGGUUUGAUGUGGGAGAAAAACUCCCAUUGCACCACCUCACCUCACACAGCAUUGAACAUAAUUUUUAGUAAGUUAAAUUAAAAUAUUUUGUGUAUUUAUUGUCAUAUAUAAAAUAAUCAGUGUACGGUAUCUCAAAAAUGUAUCUAUCCACACUGUAUGAAACAUGUAUAAACACUAUGAGACCACGGAUGAUAGAUAUUUGGAUAGGCAUUUACUUUGGUGUACUGUAUAGUUUAACAUAAGUAAUGCAAUGUGUCUAUUUCUGUGUAGUGUAAUUUAUAUGAUGUUCAGUUACCAAGUGUAGUAGGACCAGUAUGCCACAAAGCCAUGCAUACCAACCCUCCUGGGACAUGAGUUGAAUGUAGCAUUUUGGAAGUCAUUGGAUCCAUCCUGGCAGAUACUUUUUUAAGAUCCUGUACAUUAUGUGCUAAAAAGUGUGUAUUUGUAUUCAUAAGUGUGCUUUUAUUACUUGUUUUUUAUAUAUGUCAGUGGGAAAAUGGGGUUAAUGUUAGGGUCAACAUUUCAAGGAUGCAUCCCUUCCUUAACCUGGGGGAUUACUGUACCUGAAAGGCAAGCAGUGAAAUAAAUUGUACAUUGAACAUAAAUAUUAAACCUCCUUUUAAAUUACUAAAAGAAAACCAAUAAAACAAAUUGUACGGACACUGAACAAAAGCAACAAUUCUUAUUAAAGAUUACUGAAAGAAAUCUAAACAAAUAUUCUGGUAAUUUGUUACUAAUUACUAACAGAAAACCAGUGAAAAUUUAACGUUAUUUAUAAGGUACUGUACAAAAGUCCCACACAAUCUGAAAAUUUUAUUCUAA